AACAUACGCCGGAUAAGAAAUGUCACUCAAAACCUAGACAAAUAUCCUAAUUCUCUCCCCACUCGCUCUCCCUCUUUUGCGUGUGGUUUCUUUGAAGAAGUGAAAUUCAAAAGGGUCUCGUGGAGUUCAACAGGUUCAUUUUUCUUGUUUUAAAUUUACCUUUUUACAUUCUAUCUAGUUUGUCAAUUUCUUCAAGAUGGGGUAUCUUCAAUUACUAGAGAAGUAAAAAAAAAAAAAAAAAAAAAAACAUUUUACAGUUUCGCCCAUAGAAAAUCUUGAAUCUAGGGUUUAGAUAAGCUCUGCUUUUCUGCUUCAAUGAUAAGGAAAUGCUGUAUAAUUGAGCUUCAGUUUUUGUUGUAUAUUUUCUCCCUCAAGUGGGUAUUCUGAAUCUUUGUUGAAAUGGGUAAUGUGGAAAUACCCAAAUGGCUUAAAGACUUGCCCUUGGCCCCUGAGUUUCGGCCUACUGAUACUGAAUUUGCAGACCCAAUUGCUUAUAUAUCGAAAAUUGAGAAGGAAGCUAGUGCUUUUGGUAUAUGUAAGAUUAUACCACCCUUGCCUAAACCUUCCAAAAGGUACGUUUUCUUUAACUUGAAUAAGUCCCUCUCCAGAUGUCCGGAAUUGGGUGAUGUAGAUUUGUCAAAUGCUUCUUCUUCAAUGAAUACGGGUUUAGCAGAUUGUGGUAAUGAAGGGGGGGUUAGAGCUGUAUUUACGACCAGGCAUCAGGAAUUGGGUCAAGGUAUGAAGAGAACGAAAGGGAUGGUUAAGGAGGGCACCCAACUCAGUGUUCAUAAGCAAGUAUGGCAAAGUGGGGAAAUUUACACAUUGGAACAGUUUGAGUCCAAGUCCAAGGCUUUCGCUAGGAGUUUGUUGGGCAUGAUUAAGGAGGUUAAUCCAUUGGUUAUAGAAGCAUUAUUCUGGAAAGCAGCUUCAGAGAAGCCUAUCCAUGUGGAAUAUGCAAAUGAUGUGCCUGGGUCAGCUUUUGGAGAGCCAGAGGGUCAGUUUCGGUAUUUUCAUAGACGAAGAAGGAAGAGGGCAUCAUAUAAGUCCUAUCGAAGGAGUACAGAAAGUUCUGAUUUCCAGAAAAAGGAAAUGAAUAAUGUAAAUAAUUCAUGUAAUGAUGAAAUUAAGGAUGCUACUUGUAAGAAUGACCCUAGUACAUCCUCAGGACCAAUAUCUGGAUCAUCUAUUACUUCUUCAACCUCGAGUUUGGAGGAUAAUUUGAGAUCUUCUAAGCGAAAAAAUGUUAAUGCUAUCACUGAUAUGGAAGGUACUGCAGGUUGGAAACUUUCUAACAGCCCGUGGAAUCUGCAAGUAAUUGCACGCUCACCUGGGUCAAUAACACGUUUCAUGCCAGACGAUAUCCCAGGUGUUACUUCCCCUAUGAUUUAUAUUGGUAUGCUGUUCAGUUGGUUUGCUUGGCAUGUUGAAGAUCAUGAGCUUCACAGCAUGAAUUUUCUUCAUACUGGCUCUCCAAAGACUUGGUAUGCGGUUCCUGGAGAUUAUGCAUUUGCAUUUGAGGAAGUUAUCCGUACUGAGGCUUAUGGUGGCAGUAUUGAUCGCUUAGGUGCUUUGACCUUGUUGGGUGAGAAGACAACCCUUUUGUCACCUGAGGUGGUAGUUUCAGCCAGCAUUCCUUGUUGUAGGUUAAUACAGAAUCCUGGUGAAUUUGUUGUGACUUUUCCAAGGGCUUAUCAUGUAGGAUUCAGCCACGGUUUUAACUGCGGGGAAGCGGCUAAUUUUGGAACUCCACAAUGGCUUCAAGUAGCUAAGGAGGCUGCAGUGCGCAGAGCUGCCAUGAAUUAUCUUCCCAUGCUUUCCCAUCAGCAGCUGCUAUACCUGUUGACUAUGUCUUUCGUUUCAAGAGUACCUAGAUCACUGCUACCAGGUGCUCGGAGUUCUCGUCUUAGAGACCGCUUGAAAGAAGAAAGAGAAUUGUCAGUGAAGAAGGCUUUUAUACAAGAUAUGUUGAAAGAAAACAGUAUUUUGUCUGCUCUUCUUGGGAAGGAUUCCACUUACAAUGUGGUAAUAUGGAACGCUGAUUUGUUGCCUUGUGCGAGUAAAGAGUCUCAAUUGCCUAAUUCUGUUGCUACCAUAGCAGAAGAAAAUGUUCUGCAUACUCAUUCUGAAGAUAAAAGUAAUGCUAUUGGGAAUGAUCUGUUAAAGGAGAUGAGUUUGUAUAUGGAAUCUCUCAAUGAUCUAUAUGUGGAUGAUGAUGAUGAUUUGUCAUGUGAUUUUCAAGUUGAUUCAGGAACAUUGGCUUGUGUGGCUUGUGGGAUCCUUGGUUUUCCAUUUAUGUGUGUGGUGCAACCGUCUGGGAGGGCAUCAAUAGAACUUCUUCAAGGGGAUCAUCCUUUGGUUCAAGAAGGAUCAAGGGUUGAAAAUUUUGACAGUUAUCAUUCCUCUGCAGCCUGUGAUGGCUCUAUCAAGUGCUCUGUUCCAGACAAUCUCCAUCCUGUUUCUGACCUUUUUCUUCCACUGACAAAUCUGCCGAUGCCCAGAGGGUGGGAUAAUUCUAGUAAAUUUCUGAGACCUCGGAUUUUCUGCCUGGAGCAUGGUGUGCAAAUUGAGGAGAUGUUGCAGUCUAAAGGUGGAGCAAACAUGCUUGUAAUUUGCCAUUCAGAUUAUCAGAAAAUAAAGGCACAUGCUGCUGCCAUUUCUGAGGAUAUUGGUACUCCUUUCAAUUACAAUGAGGUUCUACUAGAAAGUGCAUCCCAGGAAGAUCUGAAUUUGAUAUGUCUUGCAAUUGACAAUGAAGACCAUGAUGAAUCUGGACAAGAGUGGACCUCAAAAAUGGGGAUCAACUUGCGGUUCUGUUUAAAGGUUAGAAAGAAUGCUCCUUCUAGUAAGGCUCAGCAUGCUUUAGCAUUGGGCGGAUUAUUUUCUGAUGGAAGCAGUUCAGAUUUCUUAAAUAUCAAAUGGCAAUCCAGAAGAUCUAGGUCAAGAACCAAGUUAAAUUGGCCUGCUCACUGUAAGCCAUGUCAGAAUGUUAAACCAAAUAAAAAUGAUGCAUUGGGGAAAAGGUCAGGUAGAGUCAAUAUUGAAAAGGGACAAAAACUCAUUCAGUAUACAAGAAGGAAGUACAAGGUGAAAAUAGAUUGUUCUUCAAAUUGGAGUCAAUGCUGCCCUGGGAAUCAUGUAGUGGAAGAAGUUUCAGUUGCUAAUUGCGAGGAUCUUGUGAAGCAUACUGGAAAAACAUGUAAGAUUGGUCCCACUGUUGAGAUCAGUGGAAGAGAUUCUGCAGGAUUAGAUUUCUCUCCCCUUGGAACGUCUGGGGUGCUGCAUGAAGUUAAGGUGCUUGAAGCAACUGGCAAUAUGAGCUUGAAUUCUGCACCUUUACAUGUUGCAGGCUCUCUUCUAACUGCUAAUGUAGCUGUUGAACACACGGAGAAGGUUGAGAAUCAAACUUUGGAAGAAUCAAAUGGCUAUGAGAUUGUAUGCAAUACAGCAGCAUGUGGUAAUUUGGAGAUGCAGCACAAAGAAAAGGUCACAGGAGGAACCAGUGAGGUUGAGGAUUCUAAUGCCAUCGAAUGCCUUAGUCCAUGUGUGGUUCCAGAUGACAAAAGAUCUGGAGUGCAAGAAGAGCAUCAAAUAAUGGAAAAGAACAACUUCAGGAAUGAGACAUAUAAUAUGGUUUCUGAAGGACAGCACAAGUUCCUGGCUAGUAGAGAUGUUUUGGAAAAUGAGGUUACCGAUCUUGCUACCGCAGCAAGUGUACAUGCUUGUGCGCCUGUGGGACAAAUGGAGAACUUAGUUGUAGAGCAAUCUAGCAUGAAUUGUGAGGUUUGUGAUUGUGCAACUCUGGACAAUGAAGUGCAAGUAGCUCUUCAAACUACAGGUAAAAGUACAGGCAGCCGAAGCAUUUUAUAUGAUGACACACCAAUAAAUCAGCUUGGUGCCUCAGGGGAAGAGAUGGCUGAAUUUUCACAGGGGACCUGUUUCUCAAAAGAUAAGUGUUAUGGAUUCAAUAAGCUGCAGCAUGAAGUUCAAUUUACUGGAAGAACUAAUGUAGAGGAACUCAUUCCAAUUAAUGCUAGAUUGGUAAAUCACCCAAAUCAGGUUUCUGAGGAUGAAUUUUCUGAAAUUUUCAGGGACCCCUGUGAUUCAGUCAAAUUGUGGGAUGGUGCAACCUCAGAGAAUGUGGUGCAGCAGGCAAUUGAGGCGACAAAUGAAAGCAAAGCAGAACAUAUCUCGUUUUCUGUAGCACAAAUGGAAAUAGAUCAGCCUACUAUAGCUUCCACGGAAGGAUUUCCUGAAGUUAUUGGAAGGAUCACAGCUAGUAAAGACUUGUGCACUACCACUAUGUCAAGUUCUGAUUCUAAAAAGGUGUUAAAAAUUCCAACUGCUAACACAAGCAGUGUGGAAGAACUAGUCCUACACUCCCCUACUCAAAUGCAAGACACGAGCAAUAUGGAAGAUCCAGCUGAAGAAUAUUCUGAAGCUCCAAGAGAGAAAUAUGCCUCUGAAGACACUGUAGGUGUCAAUUUAGACACUGAAGUCCAGCAGGAAAUUCACUCAGAUGAUGGGAUGAAUAAAGAUGAUGAAGGGCCUCAAAUAUGUGAGACUACAAGUGCAAUUGACAAGGAGGAGCAUCUUUCUGGCCGAGUUACACAGAUAAAUCAGAGUAAUCCAGACCCAUUUACAAAAUGUUCUACAACUGAUGAAGAAUCCUGCACCGAGGAAAAUAUGCUGAAGGGACAAGAAGUUUGUUCAUCUUGUGAACAGGAAAGCAUCAAAUCCACUGUGGUGGAACCUGGAUCAACUGCUGGGAAGGGCAGAAAAAGGAAAAAUGAAGUUGAUCAGUUAACAGACAAAAAGUUAAAUUGCAAUGGCUUUAUUAAAAGCCCAUGUGAAGGAUUGAGGCCAAGGGCUAGGAAAGAUGCAAGAAGUAGAAAUGGGAUCAAUAUCAGAAAAUCAGCUCUGGAUAAUCCACCAAGAAAAAAGGCCAGAAAGCCGUCUGAUGUUUCAGUUCCUUGCACAAAAAAGGAAGAAAUCACAAAGAGAUCUCACAAGUGUGACCUGGAAGGUUGCACCAUGAGUUUUGAGACAAAGGCAGAGCUACAGUUGCACAAACGGAACCAGUGCCCGUACGAAGGGUGUAGGAAGAGAUUCAGCACCCACAAAUACGCAAUAAUUCAUCAACGUGUUCAUGAAGGUGAUAGACCUCUCAAGUGCCCAUGGAAUGGUUGCUCCAUGUCAUUCAAGUGGGCAUGGGCUAGAACUGAGCAUAUACGCGUGCAUACCGGAGAGAAGCCAUACAAGUGCAAGGUCGAAGGCUGUGGCCUUUCUUUCAGGUUUGUAUCAGAUUUUAGCCGGCAUAGGAGAAAAACAGGACACUAUGUGAAUACACCUGCCUGAAGAUUUGUUGUAUUCAGGCUGGAAUCUGUAUUAUAUGGAAAAGGGGAAUUGGAUUUUGGGGGCCAAAGAGGCCUACAGAAUCAUGUAUAAUCUCGAGCAUUCCACAUAGAGCUAGGCUAGAGUUAGACUGAUCCUUUUGUAGGCAGGCAUUGUCCAAUUAUUUGUAUGCACUGAUAGUUGAAAACCCUGUUGUGUUUUUGGCUGUCUAGAUCAUUCAAUACUAUUUUCAUUUCAGUACAAA